AUGUACCAUUGCUGGCGCCUGCUUGCUUUCCAUGCACAUUCAUCCACACACCGUACCACGCGCAUCGCCUGUACUCGCAAGGCUCCUCCCGCCGCCCCCCCAGAUCGUCCCAUUUCCUCCCCAUGUCUUCCACUUUGCUCACCCGCAACCCUCUUCCCCCCCUCCCCCUUCCUCCCCCUUCCUUUCCUCUCUUCCCUCCUCACCACCACUCUCUCUCUCUCUCUCUCUCUCUCUCUCUCUCUCUCUCUCUCUCUCUCUCUCUCUCUCUCUCUCUCUCUCUCUCUCUCUCUCUCUCUCUCUCUCUCUCUCUCUCUCCCCUCUCCCAACCCCUUCACCCCCGGGCCCCCCACCUUCCUCUCCCCCAUUAACCCCCUCCCCUCCCUCCCUCGACUCCCUCCCGAUUCUCCUCUCCGCAAUCUCCGACGUCGCAUCGUCGGCUGCCCGCCGGUGUCUGCCUCUCCGCGCGCGUGCUCUCCGCCGACGACGAUCGUCAACGGUCACCGCCAUUCGCCGCUCGUUCCUCCUCAGCCGGCGCCGAGGCGCAGGUGGCUGUCUCCAUGGGGCUUUGGAAUGAAGGACUGGAAGGCGCCCAAGUUGUUGCCUGGCGACCUGCUAGGUACGCGCCUGUGCGUGUUGGGUGUGCUGCUGCUGCUGCAACCGCCCAGCUGCAACGAGUGA